CUCGCCCGCUGCCGCGCUAUGCCCGCCGCCGGCUCCGAGCUGCCGCGCCCGAUGUCGCCGCCUGCCGCGCAGGAGCAGGGCGCCGAGUCGCGGCCACCGCCGCCGCCGCCGCACGGGGAGCUGCAGUACUUGGGGCAGAUCGAGCACAUCCUCCGCUGCGGCUUUCGGAAGGAUGACCGCACGGGCACCGGCACCCUGUCGGUGUUCGGCAUGCAGGCGCGCUACAGCCUGAGAGAUGAAUUUCCUCUGCUGACAACCAAACGUGUUUUCUGGAAGGGUGUUUUGGAGGAGUUGCUGUGGUUUAUCAAGGGAUCCACAAACGCUAAGGAGCUGUCUUCCAAGGGAGUGAAAAUCUGGGAUGCCAAUGGGUCCCGAGACUUCUUGGACAGCCUGGGAUUCUCCACCAGAGCAGAAGGGGAUUUAGGCCCAGUUUAUGGCUUUCAGUGGAGGCAUUUUGGGGCCGAAUACAAAGAGAUGGAUUCAGAUUAUUCAGAUCAAGGAGUAGAUCAACUGCAAAAAGUGAUUGACACAAUCAAAACCAACCCUGACGACAGAAGAAUCAUCCUGUGUGCUUGGAAUCCAAAAGAUCUCCCUCUCAUGGCCCUACCCCCGUGCCAUGCCCUUUGCCAGUUCUACGUGGUGAACGGUGAGCUGUCCUGCCAGCUGUACCAGAGGUCAGGAGACAUGGGCCUGGGUGUGCCCUUCAACAUCGCCAGCUACGCCCUGCUCACCUACAUGAUCGCACACAUAACGGGCCUGAAGCCAGGUGACUUUGUACACACUUUGGGAGAUGCACACAUUUACCUGAAUCACAUUGAGCCGCUGAAAAUUCAGCUUCAGCGAGAACCAAGGGCUUUCCCCAAGCUCAAAAUCCUUCGAAAAGUUGAGAAAAUUGAUGACUUCAAGGCUGAAGACUUUCAGAUUGAAGGCUACAAUCCUCACCCAACCAUUAAAAUGGAAAUGGCUGUUUAGAGUGCUUUUGAAGGAGUUGUUUGAAGGAUAUUUACACCUAGGUGAAAGUUCAUUUUGCUCUAAAGGAGAAGGAACUAGGUCAAAACCUGUUGGUGAUCUAUCAAUCAGUUAUUAUUCAUUAACUUUUAAGGAUGUUGCCACUGGCAAAUAGAACUGUGCUGGUUCUCUUAGUAAUAAAAGACCUGGAGUUAGGGUAACUCACUGAGGAUGUAUGUAAACGUAGAGAUUGUGAAUACAGACAGGAAAGAGAAAAUAUAUAUACUCUUAAUUCAAACUUUAUGUUUUUAUGAAAAUGGUCAGUGAAUUUCAAGAAUUAUGUAUAACUAUUGCCCAAAUUGGAGCAAGCUGGAUAACACCAUCAGUCAUAAUGCCUAGUGUGGUUAUGAACAUAUAAAGUUGUAUUUGUUUUAUAUCUUGCUGUAAUGUUCUGCAUUCAUGUUCUGUUUUUUUAAUUCCAUGUUGCCAUUUACCUGCUCAGUUCCUGCCUAAAACAGAUUUAACUGAACCCUCCUAAACAAACAUACCUGUGCUGUGUUCUCUUUUGGAUGCUGCUUAGAUGGGUAUGGUAUAUUUUAGAAAUGCUGACUAAGCUAUAUUUCACCCUAUUUUUCUAUGAUUCAUCUAAUUCUAGCUGCAUUUUAUCAUUAAAGUACAAUGAUUAUUUGGGAUAAAGGCUUUAAGGGUUAUAAAAAUAGUCUAUGAAAUAUCCCUUUACCCUCAUUAGCUUCAGCAUGGUGAAUUCUCUAAUAACGUGCUUAGACUGAGCAAGAGAAAGAUGCUAAACCACCCCAGGGCUGACCAGUGAAUGUUUUUACCUUUGCUGCAUAUCAGAUACCCCAAUAGUGCUGCACGACUGUUUUAUUAUGCUAAUUUAUGACAAGUGUGUUUUUAAAAAGAUUAAGGAAUUAUUCCAACAUGCUGCUUAUUUUCAAAGUUUAAUGUCUAGGUACCAGCACUUGAUAGAAAUUUUAACAUCUUCCUGGACUUUGAGACAGUUGGAUCUACUUUUGUUUAAAGAUUACAUAGGAGAAUGUUUUUGGCUGAAAGAAUCAAGUAAUGAUGACUAAGCUGAUGCCCGAGGUUAGUAUGACUUUCAGCUGAACUUGUUCUGAUUGGUAGGAUGAAUUUUUUUUUCUAUUUUUGUAAAACCAUACCCAAGAAAUUUUAAGCCUUUUCACUUAAAGCAAAAGCUGUUAAGCAUUCAGCUCUAAUUCCCUUGAGCAGCAAGGAGCUUCUCCCAAACUUCACCAUCUGGAUACUGGUGUUUCUUUACAGAUUCCUCCUUCAUUUCUGUUGAAUAACCAGCAUCCUAUCAAAGACAAAAAAUGGAAUCAUGUUAAUAACCACCUAGAACAAAAGUCAUUUAUUUUACUUAUUUCUGCUGUUCCUAGGAAUGCUUUUAAAUCUAAGUCAGAGGCAACUGAAUUAAUAAGUUUGCAGGUUGUUUGAAAUGGGGGAGAGGGACGUACUUUAUUGGCUGCUUCUCAGGGUUAGUGAACUAUUCACACUUCCUUUGAUGGUUCAACCUCUGUUGGUGAAAAUGAGCCCCGAUCUCUUGAACAGACGGAUAAAUGGCGCAGAUAACACAACUGCAGUCAACCUUUCACUAACUUGCUAGAUGGUGCCGGGGUUUUUUUUUAGUUUUGUUUUGUUUGGGGCAGGAAGGACCCAAGGAGUGCAUGUUUUCAGGUCCAGCUGGUGAGGAAAGGCUGGCGUGAGAGAAGCCUUGUCAGGGGCAUCCUGACCUUCAGGCCUGGGGAAUUUGACUAAAGAGCCAUAUGUUUCUAGAUAUUGAAAACAGACUUGAAGGAGACAAAGCUUUGUGCUCUGGGGUCUAGCUCCUGAGAAGAGUAGGGCAGGGCUGGCAGGGCUGGCAGUGCCUCCUCGGGGGUGGGGGUGGGGCCUCCCUGGCCAAACUCACCUUAGGAGGCAUGUAGGAAGCCUUCUUGAUUAUCACGGGGUACUUGAAGUGCUCGUGCAGGUGGUCGACGUAUUCACACAUCCUGGGAGGAAGGAAUCGGGUUGGGGUAAAAAUGCCUUCAGUUAGAUAGUUCAUGUGGUGCUGUUAGGGCAAAGGGGCGAGCACCACUAAGAAAGGAUGGACUCUGCCAAGGCUUGGCUGAUACCAUGUAUUUAUGUAAGUCCCUCAGCCUCUGGACUUCAGGUUCUUCUCUGUAAGGUAAAGCAGUAUGGGGGAUUGGAUGAAAUGAACUGUGAAGUAUCUUUUAACUUAAGGUUUUGUGAACCAAAAGGCAUCAAUUUAGACUUAGACGUAUCUGGGAUUAUUUGGGUGCCUCUAGCCAAAAGGUGAACAGAUUAAAGUCACCAAAUGAGGUCCCUUCCAGCUACACAAAUGAUUUAGAAGAGCACAGGUUUUAGGAUCAGACCAAUCUGUUCAAAUUUGGUGUCAGCCACUGUCUAGUUUUGUGACUUGGGGCAAGUGACCUAACUCUACUGCCUUACUUCAGCCAUUGGUUAAUGAACAGCUGAGAUGAGCAGGCCGUGUGUCCAGUGCUGGGGACACAAAGGAACUGGUAAGAGAGGGCCUUGUGGUUUCAAUGGCUGUAGAUACCAAGUUGUUGACUAUAAUAUGUACUGUGUAUAAUCUAGAACAGGCUACAGAUGAAGAACCGGCCCCUUGGGAGAGGACAGUGGGCCUUGAAGAAUGAAUAGGGAAGCAGUGCUCCACACACAGGGUUACAAAGCAGGUGACAGCACACGGCAUCUGUGUCUGGUGGCUGUCCCUCCUGCAUGGUGGCAUUCCCAAGCAGUGAGGUCUGCUUUCACGGGGUGGCAUGAGGUUCUCACCCACUCAUGGGCAGGCAUAGUGCCCAGUGGGUCAGAGCUGACCCUCUUUUGUAUUCCUCAGAACUUUGCAGGACCUGUCAAGGUUGGUUAGGAGUGUUUGUUUUUCUAGUUUAAAAUAUCUCAGGUUUAAAUACCCAGCUGCAGAAAGAACCAUUACUUUAUAGUUGAAGUCCCCGUAGACCCUCACAGGUCCCACUUCUCAGUCCUGAACUUGAUGUUCACCUUUCCCGUGCAUGUCGUCAUGCUUUCACUGUGUACUCCUAGUGAUCUUUCUGCACUAUCGCAUUUAAUUCUUGGAGGAGAGAAAGGCAUAAUAAAGUUGCAUGUCUGCAGAUGACUGGAAGGAGACUGUCCUAAUUUAAAGCUCACCUGGCACAUGUUGAGAAGUAAGAUGGAACUAAAAGAUGCAGCCAGAUCCUGAAGACUCCAGUGUUGGGAAGAAAUUGGACAGAAGCAGAGAGUAUACAUAUGAAAGCGGGGCUUUAGAAAGUCAGAAACAGGAGCUGUUUCUGGUUUCCAUUUGGUUGCAGAAUCUCCCCAUCCCCCUUAUGUACCUAGAAAACAGUAAGUCAGCUACCAGGAAACCACCCUCUAGAAGAAAAAAGACUUCAGUAGUGGGUCUCAAACUGCCUUUGAGUUAUGGGAUGUGCCAGUGGCCAGGGGUCUGGCCUGGAUUGAGACACAGUACUGAAGUUAAUGCCACAUCACUGACCUGUCUUUGAGGCUUGCAGAGACUGAUAUGAAGUCAAAUACAAUCAGGUGCUGCACCAGUUCACAGAGGCCAACUCCACCAGCAUGUGGGCACACAGGAACUAAAAGUGAAGACAGAUUUCCACUGAGUGCUAAGUAGGGCAGCGAGGGAGAAGUGAAGGAGAACCUGUGGCUUUUCUUGUUGCCUGCAGGUGAUUAAAUCGUUAAUAUUUAGGAAUGAAAAUCAUCAAAGAUUCCCUGAUUAAGCCUAACUGAGAGUUAGAAAAAAGUCAAAAUGGGAAACUCCAGAGGGAACCAGGCAGGGAAAUGGUGUUUGGUCCGCGACCCCGCGGCGCCCUUACUGUCAAACUUUUUGGCCAUCAGCAGCACUGAGAGGCUCUCGUUUACACUCCCCAGCCUGCAGCUGUCGAUCUGGAGAAACUGCAGGGCUUUUGCCUGUAGGAGUUGCUUAAAUAUCACUCUAUUGUGGCACUGGAAAUAGAAUUAAAAUACACCAACAGAAGAGUCAGCCUCAGCCUUCAGGAUCUAUAUACCUGGCACUGCCCCCAUUCCAAGUCUCUCAUUGGUGGCCUCCUGGAAGCCCGGACUGUAUUCAUUUUUUGUUCUCACUUGGCAUGAGGUGAGCCCUGACAGGCUAGGCGGGGACCUUCUGAUCACUUUGUUACAGAUUUGCUGGCGGAACCACGUGUGUGUCAUGGAAAAGUCACACCACUCGCCAUCUAUCCAUCAGUGCAUAACCGCCACCUCUAAGUGGGAGAUAAAGCAUCAGGAUGAAAUAAGGGGAUGGCGAUGAGCAGGUGGCACGGGCGACAAAACAGAAGCGUGGCAGAACGGCACUGCUCCUUUUGCUGGGAAAGCCGAGAAUCUGUUCCCUCACACAGCUCUACUCGUGGGCCGCCUGCCGCGGGCUUUGGCAGGCGCUUGUGCUUCGUUUAUAAGCACAAAAAGGGAACGCAAUCAUGUUUACCCAGUUUGGAAGCUGGCUUUCUUAAAACCACAUGGUGCACAUUAGGCCCCUGCAGCUUUAAAUUGCUGCCUUGUAAAUUCCGAUGAGCUACUUUGAAAAAGAUAAAUGACCUUAGUCAUAGGAAUUGUAGAAGAACAUGCAAACUCGACUAUAUAUUUGUCUUACUCCAGACUAUGAAGUGGUCUAAGGUGACCCAAUUUCUAAGAUGAAGAAAAUCUCCCAACUCAGAACAACACAGGUGAUGUAGCCUAGCGUAUGCCAGUGUCCCCAGUCGGUGGCCAGUGUGGGCUGACCCUGAGGAGACAUCUCUUACCUGUUCUCCGGUGGCAACGCCAAUUCCCAGGGGGACCAGUGCCUGUAAAAUAUAAGGCAACCUGAUGUUAUUUUCCUAAGUUUUUGAACUGAGACUACUAAUGUUUAAAAAUAUUUAGAGCUGUUCAGCUAUUUAGAGCUGAAGAAGGAAACAGCCCUGCCAUCGAGCCGUGUGAAGUUUAAGGAGCCACAGAAAGUGGUAGAGCGGGUGGGGGAGGUGCACUGGGCUAUCUCUGUCUGACACCAGCACAUGUUCCAUCCCACAACCAGUUCCUCCCUGAUUUCUCACCCAUCUGGCAGCCUUUGGUUUAAAUAGGGCUGCUCAUGGAGCUCGCUCUGUCAGAGGAUGCAAAAAUACAGGGCUCCCAGAAGUUAACACUUUCUCCUUAUGAGUGACCCACCUGGCGCUCUGGCUUAUAGAUCUGUGCUGUGAACCCAGCUAAUGGGAGACUCCCUGAGAGACAGGAUAUUUCUCACAUAUUCUUACAUAUGAAAGGGAGAGAAGCUGGCCCAAAUUCAGGUGAGUUUGCCCAGGAAGCGCCCUGGUUAAAGGGCUCUGUGGAAACGGAUGGGCAGCCUUCUCAUGGGGAGGCCUGACCUUGACAUUAGCUAAGCAAACCUUUGCUUAUGAAUCAGCCAGAGGAAUCUACACUUUGUUUCAAUCUGGGUGAGUAAAAUAUUUGAGUAUCAGUCAGAUUUCUGUAUUUACAAAGUAUGGGAAUCAGGUCUGUUAACCUUUGGAUUGCUGGUAGCCUUUCAACUGGUAGCAGUUUAGUUUCUCUAAAAUAAAUAGAACUGUGAAAGGGAAUAAGCCCAGGAAUCUUAGGAUCUGUGACCACCACUCUAGCAGCAGCAGCAGGUUUUUUACCUUGGAAAUGGUGGCAUGCCCCAGAAUGUCAUCAGGGGAGGUGGGCUCCUCAAUCCACAGGGGCUUGAACUCCGCCAGCUUCGCCAUCCACUCCACGGCCUCGGGCACAUCCCAGCGCUGGUUGGCAUCCAUCAUCUGAAAGGAGGGAGAGACCCUUCAUGGGGAGGUGUGCCCGCUGCUGACCUUGCUGCAGGCUGUGGCUCCCAGGGAGGAAACGCUGUCACUUGGUGCCCCUGACUGCUGCGGCCCAGCACACACCCCUAACAAAGGGAGCCCGAGAGCAGCCACCAAGACGAACUCUGGCUCCAGAUACUGUCUCAGAGGAGAUGCAAGUUGCUCAGGGAGCCACUGUGAGGUCCAGAAGUGCUUGCUGGCCCUGGAGCUCCAGCCUGAUCUACAUUUAGAAACCACCCAAAUACAUUUGUCUUGCAGGGUUCAUCAUUUGUAGGAACUGUUUUAUCACAGUCUGAAUCAUGCACAGUUAAUACCGAGUUUGUUCAAUAGUCACUUAUUGGCUAUUACCUACUAUGUGUUUGGCACAAUAAAUAACCCAAACUCUAUCAUUAAUUAGGCAUCUACUCCACUAGGCAUUUAAUGGAUUUUUUUCCAUUUAAUAUUUAUAAUAACUCUAUGAGGCAGUUCACAUUAACCCAUCUUACAGACAAGAAAACAUAAGCAGAGAAGUAACUUGCUCAAGGACGAUAAGUAAAUGGUGAGUUCAAAUCCAGGCCUCUCACUCUAAGGCCUGGGCCCUCUGUGUGCAGUGAGACUGCCAGGAAGCCAGGUGCUGGGUGUGCAGAGACGAGAAAGGGCCCCUCCAUCCCCGAUAUCAUCACACUUGGAGAAGCCAGACACAGAGAUGGAAUUCUUUAGUAGAAUGUGCUGAGUGGUCAGAGGUCCCUUGUGGGACUCUGUGGGAGCCAGAGGAUAGUGUGCCCAGAAUCUAUUCCUGUCAUAAAUUAUUUAGAUGAGCAUGACCUCACAAGACAAAAGUAGCAUUAAUUCAUGUAUAAAUAAUGGGACUUUUGAUCUUAGGUCCAGGACUCAAACUUCUAUUUUAAUAUAUGAAACAUGCCUCCAAAAAGAUAUAAAAACAUCUUAUUGUGACUAUUUUAUGAAAAUAUUUUACACAUAGGAAGAAAUGUUUUAUAAAAAUAUGUAGGAAUGACUGAUCCUUAACAUUUAUCUCGGCAAAAGUUCCAGCAUUUCUUGAGCAAUGGCUCCCCGAGACCCACCUACCUGAAGGCGGGUUGGCGGAUUUAAGAAGGGGGGGGUUGAAUGAUUGACAUACUGGGGGCGCCAAUGGGAGACCUGUUUGCUCAGGCGCAUCUGUCCUAGCACAAAGGAACAAUCCCUAAACCUGAUCUUACCGAAUUGGUUCUGUAGAAUAAAAAACUAUCAAUCAGC